AUGUUCUCCCUGAAGCCGCCCAGACCCACCUUCCGGUCCUACCUGCUGCCGCCGCCCCAGGCCGAGGACAAGUUCGAUUCGGAGCCCAAGAUUAAAAAGCUGGAGCCGGUGCUGCUGCCAGGAGAGAUUGUUGUGAAUGAAGUCAGCUUUGUGAGAAAGUGCAUUGCAACCGACACGAGUCAAUACGACCUGUGGGGGAAGCUGAUCUGCAGCAACUUCAAAAUUUCCUUCAUCACGGACGACCCGAUGCCUUUGCAGAAAUUCCAUUACAGAAACCUCCUUCUCGGCGAGCAUGAUGUCCCCUUAACGUGUAUCGAGCAAAUCGUCGCAGUGAACGACCACAAGAGGAAGCAGAAAGUCCUGGGCCCCAACCAGAAACUGAAGUUCAACCCAACCGAGUUAAUCAUUUACUGCAAAGACUUCAGGAUCGUCCGAUUUCGCUUUGAUGAAUCGGGACCCGAAAGUGCCAAAAAGGUGUGCCUUGCCAUAGCUCAUUACUCCCAGCCAACAGACCUCCAGCUCCUCUUUGCCUUUGAAUACGUUGGGAAAAAGUACCACAGCUCAGCCAGUGCGCCCAACGGGCUCCCCGCGGGCGGCAGCGGUGGCGGCGGGGCGGGCGGCGGCCAGAAGACGCCCCUCUUCGAGACCUACUCCGACUGGGACCGCGAGGUCAAGCGGACGGGCGCCUCGGGGUGGAGAGUGAGCUCCGUGAACGAGGGUUACAUGAUCUCCACGUGCCUUCCAGAAUACUUCGUGGUGCCCAGCUCCCUGGCCGACCAGGACCUGAAGACCUUUUCCCACUCUUUCGUCGGAAGGAGGAUGCCGCUGUGGAGCUGGAGCCACCCGAACGGCAGCGCCCUGGUGCGGACGGCCCUCGUUAAGGACCUGCUGCAGCAGCGGAAGAUCGACCAGAGGAUCUGUAACGCAAUAACUAAGAGCCACCCGCAGAGGAGUGACAUUCACAAGUCAGAUUUGGAUAAGACCCUGCCCAACAUCCAAGAAAUACAAGCGGCUUUUGUAAAGCUGAAACAGCUCUGUGUCAACGAGCCUUUCGAAGAAACCGAAGAGAGAUGGCUAUCCUCGCUGGAAAGCACUCGGUGGCUAGAAUACGUGAGGGCAUUCCUGAGACACUCAGCAGAACUCGUGUACACCCUGGAAAGCAGGCGGCUCUCUGUGGUCCUCCAAGAGGAGGAGGGCAGAGACCUGAGCUGCGUGGUUGCGUCUCUCGUGCAAGUGAUGCUGGACCCCUACUUCAGGACCAUCCCCGGGUUCCAGAGCCUGGUGCAGAAGGAGUGGGUGAUGGCGGGGCACCAGUUCCUGGACCGGUGCAACCACCUCAAGCGGUCGGAGAAGGAGUCGCCGCUGUUCCUGCUGUUCCUGGACGCCACGUGGCAGCUGCUGGACCAGUUCCCGGCCGCCUUCGAGUUCUCCGAGACCUACCUGGCCGUGCUGGGUGACAGCACCCGCAUCUCCCUGUUCGGCACCUUCCUGUUCAAUUCGCCGCACCAGCGGGUGAAGCAGAGCACGGAGUUCGCUAUCAGCAGGAACAUCCAGCUGGGCGACGAGAAGGGCUUGAGGUUCCCCUCGGUGUGGGACUGGUCCCUGCAGUUCACCGCCAAGGACCGCACGCUCUUCCACAACCCCCUGUACGUCGGCAGGAGCGCGCCCUGCGUGCGCAGCAGCUCCGGGAAGGCCUUCAAGCGGACCAAGAGAAACUACAGCUCCACGCUGCGGGGGAUGCCCUCCUCCCUGCGGAACGGACUCCUCAGCGACCAGGACUCGCUCCCACGCAGGAACUCCCUGAUCCUGCACGUGAGGCCGGACCCGCCUCCGCACGCCGCCGAGGGCCCGGGCGGCGGCGGCCUGGAGCGGUUCUUCGGGGAGUGGCUCUGCAGGCCAGCCGACCUGCACGGCGUGCUCCUGCCCCGCCUGUCGGGCGCGCACGUAAAGCUCUGGAAACUGUGCUACUUCCGCUGGGUCCCCGAAGCCCAGAUCGACCGCGGGGGCUUCAUCACCGCCUUCCACCGGCUCUCGCUGCUGGCCGACGAGGUGGACGUGCUGAGCAGGACGCUGCGGCAGCACCGGGCCGGCCCGCUGGAGGCCUGCUACGCCGAACUGGACCAGAGCCGCAUGUACUUCCGGGCCCGCGGCCCCCAGGACACCUCGGGCACGCCGGGCUUCCUCUCCUCCUCCUUCCCCUUCUCCCCCGUCGGCAACCUCUGCCGGCGCAGCAUCUCGGGCACGCCGCUGAGCAAGUUCCUGAGCGGGGCCAAGAUCUGGCUGUCCACGGAGACGCUGGCCAACGAGGACUGA